UUCACCGAUUCCUCAAAAAGGUGACCAUUUAAUCAAUCACCAAAAACGGGGCCUGAUCCAAGCACCUCCCAAGUCUCUCUUCUCUCUCACACACACACAUACACGCACUACAAGAACAGAUAGAGUUUGCUAAUUAAAAACUGAACUUGGCUGUGAAUUUGAUCGACGAUGCAUUUGAUUCUCUGAAAUUAUUGGAUUUUCAUUCUAAUUUGAAUUAUGCUGAUGUCAGCCCCAAAUAUCACACUGUCGAUCGCUUCAACUCAGAACAUCACAGAUCCUUCGUUACCGAGUAAAAUCCACACAAUUUCCAAAUGGUACGAUAUGGGAAGCGCGGGGUGCACCGGAUUCUGGCGCGACGCAGCUCUUGUUGUGCCCUCGGUGUUAUUUGUUCUGUACCUAGGGUUUCAAGCUAAGCGGAAUCUCAAGAAGCUGAGCCACCGCAGGUCUUAUGUCAUGAUUUCUUACUAUGCGCUUAUCUGGUUCACCGUUCUUCUGAACCUUGCUUGGUCAUUUCUUCAGGAAUGGCAGUGUGCUCCAGGGAAGGAGAUUGCAUGGAACCUAUUGUCAUUAUUCACGGAAAGUGGAAUGCUAUUUUUAGAAAUUAGCUUAGUGGCCUUCUUGCUCCAGGAUAGUUAUGCAAGUGGAUUGGAAGCUCUAGCACGUACUUUCAUAGUUUCAGGUGUCUUUGUGGCUGUCGAUAUACUUCUCCAGGUGAUAUUCAUAUUUGGAUUUGGGGUUCCCCUAUUUAUUGAUAAUGAAGCUACACAUCGGGGAAAAUGGGGUGUAUGGUUCACUCAUACGCUAGUACUUGCAGCUGCCUAUGGCUACAUAGCAUUCGUGCACUAUUCAAAGUGGAGAGAUAAGUUACCACCAAGACCGGCAUUCUACAACUACGUAAUCCUCAUGUUUAUAGUCAAUGUAACGGCAUUGUUUGCCAGUGGGCUUGCCGGAAUUGGGGUCGGCUUUGGACUCUGGUUGUACAAUUUCAUAGUGAUAGCUCGUCACUCCCUUUAUCUUCCGUUUCUAUACAUAAUUUUUCUUGCUGACUUUUUCCAGGAGGAAGAUUGGCUGUUGGAUAAUGCUUAUUACUCGGAGAUGAAGGAUGCAGGCUUUCUCGACACUGACUGGGAUUAGGCUAUGAAAAUAAGUUGUAUGGGAUUAAAAUGUUCCAGCUAAACAUGUAAAUGAAUUCCUUGUAAAUUUCUGCAAAAGAAUAGUUUGAGCAAUCGAACUUGGAUCACAUGUGUACUAUCAUGACCAACUUAGAAGCUUUAAGAGGUCCUGAAGAUAUUUCUACGUGUCUAAUACUGAGACAAAUAUAAAUUGUUUUCAUUUUGUCAAUUCGAA